AUGUCUCAAAUUGGAGGUUUCUCAGUUGACCAACUUAUGGAACUUGCUGGCUUGAGUGUCGCACAAGCUAUUGCUAAAGUAUAUGACAAGUCGAGUCAUUCACGUGUAUUGAUUUGUUGUGGUCCAGGAAAUAAUGGUGGCGAUGGUCUUGUAGCAGCUCGUCAUCUUUCUCAUUUUGGAUAUAAACCAAAUAUUUUUUAUCCAAAGCAAAGUACCAAAGAAUUAUUUCAGAGAUUAGUAACUCAAUGUAAAAAUCUUAAGAUUCCAUUUUCAAAUAACUUAAAUAACCUGGAUGAACAACUUUUAAAUAAUGAUUUAGUAUUGGAUGCUAUAUUUGGAUUUAGUUUCACUGGACAAAUAAGAACACCUUUUGAUGAAAAACUAAAAGAAACAAAAUUACCAAUAGCAUCAGUUGACAUUCCAUCUGCAUGGGAUGUUGAGAAAGGAAAUAUUGAUAACUGUGGAUUUACUCCUUCAAUGCUUAUCUCCCUUACAGCCCCUAAAUUAGGAGUAAACCAAUUUACUGGAAAACAUUUUCUUGGGGAAUUUGCAAAAAAAUAUGAACUUAAUCUUCCUCCAUAUCCUGGAACAGAACAAAUAGUUGAUAUUACUGAUUUAUCAAAAGGAAAAUUAUAG